AUGCAGGGUAAGGUGAGCGGCGCCUCCGUUACGGUGCACGAAUACGUUUCGGCUGUGCACCCGUGGCUUAUGGCGCUGCGCGACAGGAUCCUAGACGCCAAUGCCAGGCUUCAGGGACGUUCCGAGCCCUGGCCGCCCGAGACCAAGCUGGCCGUCGUUCAAGCCCCGACCAACGGGCCGCUGUCCAUCGAUAAGGGGGAAACCUGGGCCAAGUGGCAUAAAAAGCCACAGGUGCCGCCGCCGCCGGGAGAGCGGUUGAGCUACGAGGAGCGUGCGCGUCGUGCCAAAGAGAGGGCGCUGGCGAGGUCUGCGGGGAGAAUACGGGAGAUGGAAGCGGCUGCGGCAGGGGCAAACCAGGCGGAAUAG